AUGUGUGGCAUCGGUGAAAAAGCUGAUAGACGUCCCAUAGAUCCGCCGCCUAUAAUUCAAUUAAAGGUCUAUGAUGCAACCCUGCCUCAAUCCGAAAAAAGUUCAUUCCUUCAAAAUCCCUAUUUCUUCAUGUACGCCUCCCUGGUGGCUCCGGAUACUGAUGAAGAAUUGCAUUUGCUUCGAGAUGGCAAAACUCGUUCAACCACGGGUUCCGUCGUCUCGUCCUUAUAUCAUCUCAAAGACAUUGAUAAUUCGGACGCCGGAUUUUUCGUGUUUCCCGAUUUAUCCGUGCGCAUGGAAGGGACUUACCGAUUAAAACUUAGCCUGUUCGAGAUAAUUGGACGGCUGGCCAAAAGGAAGGAACUGGAACCAAUCGACGUCUCCGAUCCAAACCGAAUGAAACGCGUUCGCGGCGACGGAAAGAAUGAUGAUAACGACAGUCGUGAUUCAUCGGACACUGAAAUGCACGAUCGUAAUUCGUCCCUGGACGAAUUACGCUCGAAGAGAACGCCAGACUCGGACAAACGAAGAGGUCACACCAGCCGAAGUCCGUCGUCCCCUCGACCUCGGGGACCGUACGAUCACAUUCCACACAUGAGUCACUAUGAUCCGAACGCUUCGAUGUAUGCCCCGGGAUAUCCCCCGCAUCGACCUAUUUCAUGGCACGAUCGUCCAGAGUACAUGGGCGACCCACAUUACCCUCAUUAUUAUGACAUGUACGAUAGAAGGUACAGUUAUCAUCCAUAUUAUUAUCCACCACCGAUGCCCGAUGGUUCGGAACAUCAUCGUUACCCGUACCCACCCCCACCGGCAUACGGUCGACCCCCGCUGUACCCCGGGCAACCGGCACCCGGCUAUUAUGACUCACCUCCAAGGAUUCCACAUCCCGGGGGUGACGCUCAAGGUGCCGUAAGACCGUAUGGGUAUGAUUUGUCGAGCCCGUAUCCUCCUCCACAAAGGGGCGCCCCUUGGCCUCCGCACUAUGGUGAUCGUACGCCGACCCGAGAUCCGGGUGCAGAACCUUCCUCUUCUCCAUAUCGUAGUGGCGGUCCCCCGGUACCACCGCCGCGCGGUCCUCCAAUGUACCCAUACCACGAUUACUACGCGGCGCCAUACCCUCACCCGCCACCACUACCGCCGCCGAAACCGGAUUACGGAACUCCCACUUCGAAUGAUCCUAACUCGGGGCCACCGCCACCACCACCGCCGCCGCGAUUAUAUGGAACUCCAACGUCGGCUUUUGCUCACAUGUAUCCUCAUCCAGGUCGACCGCACGAAUAUCCACUACGGCACGAUUUAUACGGUCCCCCCCGGUACCCACAUGAACCUGGUUAUCCACCUCACGAGGGAUCAGGAAACCCGUAUCCACCUUACGGCCAACCCACCUCCUCUAGCUUUAACCCUUCAAAGCCUGCACCGCAUUCUCACGAGGACUCGACACAUCCACCUUCAUCGACGAACGCUUUGCCUCCCGCGUCACAGCAACCGUCGUCGGGGGCAUCGGAUCCCGCCAGACCUGAAAAUCGUUAUGUCCAAUACGAACCUUCACGUCGUCCAUACCCCAUGGAGCAAUCGCCGCCCACUGGUAAUUCGGGUGCUCCUCACAAUACAAAUUCCACCGCUUCAUCCCAACAAUCAUCAUCAUAUAGUGGUACCGUGGUUCCGACAGCCACCCGCAACACACCGGUCUCAUUGCCUUCCAUAAACAUCACCGAUCGAAAUGACCGCCCCUAUUCCGGCAAUUCUUCUGGUGCACAAAACCAUCCAUAUCUGUCAACAAACUCCUCAUCAUCUUCUUCGCAUCACCCGGUGCAAGCAUCGCAACACCCCAAAUCACCGCAAAUCACAUCACAAAAGCAUUCACCUUAUGAGCAACACUCGCAACUUCCGUACCCCCAACCCUCAUCAAAUUCUUCCUCGAACAGAAUGUCAUUCACCUCCGUUAACGAACAUCCCAACGGUGGUAAGAAGAAUGGCGUGAGCCCUACCAUGAGUGCUUGCAAUGAGCUUUCGUCAAAUCCUUCGUCUUCCCCGCGAUCCGGUUACGAAGGUUCCUAUCCACCGAGAAGACAAGGUGGUGAUGCGGAAGGUGAGAGGAGUGUUAGUCAGAAUGGUGGUGGUGGUGAAAAGUAUUGA